AUGGGGCAGAGACUAAGUGUAGCUACUCACCUGACCGCAUUUCCUACUAACAACUACUCCACCUCAUUCUUUUCAUUUGAGAUUCACCAUGACAAGGUUGCUCUCUACUUGAAUUCAGGUAGAAACAAUGACAACUACUACAAGUACUCAUACUGGGAAUUCUAUUCUUCCCAGACCAGAAAUAUCACCUACAUCGAGCUAGCUUCCAAGGGUUUGGAGUUUUUUUAUGACAAAUACGAAAACUUCACACAAAUUUUGUCGCCAUACCAAGAACCAGUACGUUUUUUAUCCCUAGAUAAUGACACAGGAAACCUCGGUCUGUACGACUACUCUCCCUACAAGGAUAAGUUCAAGGCAUCAUUUCAAGUCCUAAAUACUACUUGUGAUCUUCCUCUGGCUUGUUCUUCUUAUGGGAUUUGCACAUUUUCUAAGACUUGUUCGUGUAUAAGAUUGUUAACAAGGGAUCAAGAUACUACAAACGACGAUUGCAAUGAAGGGCUUUUUAUAGGAAAUUUGUGUGGAAAAGGAUUAAGGGGAGAUAGCUCGAGUUUGCAACAUAUUGCAGGAUGUCUUGUACAAAAAUAA